CUCAAACAGUCAAACUGUAAAAAAAAAAAAAAAACAAAAAGAAAGCGAAAGCCCUACUCUGUUUCUCUCUGUAUCCACUGUCAGUAGUCGUUGCCUCCAUAGCUAUUCAAACACCAUUUUUGAGUCUCCCAUCAAUCUGUACUUAUCUUUGGUCGGUACUUGACACAUAACAUUUCUGUGAAAAUGGAGAAGAGAAUGAUAGCCCUUGGUUUUGAAGGAUCAGCCAACAAGAUUGGUGUUGGUGUUGUGACAUUAGAUGGCACAAUUUUGUCAAACCCACGCCACACCUACAUAACCCCACCUGGCCAAGGAUUCCUGCCACGGGAAACUGCUCAACACCAUCUCCAGCAUGUCAUCCCGUUGAUCAAAUCAGCUUUAAAAACAGCCCAGAUAACCCCUGAUGAAAUCGACUGUCUUUGUUACACCAAGGGUCCUGGUAUGGGUGCACCUUUACAAGUAUCUGCCAUUGUUGUUAGGGUUCUUUCACUUCUAUGGAAGAAGCCAAUUGUUGCAGUUAACCACUGUGUUGCACAUAUUGAGAUGGGAAGGAUUGUUACUGGGGCAGAUGAUCCUGUUGUGUUGUAUGUUAGUGGUGGGAAUACUCAGGUUAUAGCAUAUAGCGAAGGACGAUACAGAAUCUUUGGAGAGACUAUUGAUAUUGCUGUUGGGAAUUGCUUGGAUCGGUUUGCUAGAGUUUUAACCAUCUCAAACGAUCCAAGCCCAGGAUAUAACAUUGAACAGCUAGCAAAGAAAGGAGAAAAAUUUAUAGAUCUUCCAUAUGUGGUCAAAGGGAUGGAUGUUUCCUUUAGUGGAAUAUUGAGCUACAUUGAAGCUACUGCGAGGAGAAACUCAAAAAUAAUGAGUGCACCCCUGCCGAUUUGUGCUACUCCCUUUCAGGAAACUCUAUUUGCAAUUGCUUGUGGAGAUAACAGAACGAGCGAUGGCUCAUUGUGA